AUACUUGAGGGAGCACCUCAGGAUGGGUUUAUCACAUAACCUCUAAAUUUGUUGUGAGGACUGCGAGAUUACGAGAAGGGCAAAAGGUAGUUUAUGCUUUGUGUAAAGUUAAUAAAUAACGCCAAUGAAAAGAGCUAGGAAUACUCGAUUGGCUAGGAAAAUGACAAGUGCGUGAUAAACAACACUUCUUCUUCUACUGGAGAUAUUUACAAAGCAAAAAUGGCCGACGUUCCUGUGUCCUUCGACAAAUUCCGUCUGUCAGUCCUCCUCAAGGCGGUAUCGAUAUCGCCAUCAGUAGACGGUAUCACACUGGGCCCCAAUCAGUCCCCUGCUCGCAGGUAUCCCCAAGAGGUUCCCUCCGAGAACAAUCAGAACUCCGCGAACACGAGUCCCCCAAACAUCUUAAAGGCUCCAGGCCCAAAGUCAAAACCCUCUCCCUUCUCAAUCGAGAAAAUCCUCUACGAGAAUGAGCUCCAGCGACGGGAGGAGGUCCUCAAAGCAGUGGACCGUCGCAAGAAGGAUAUGGCGGCUUUUCAAGAGAGGCUCCAGCGGGAGAAGGAAAUUAUGCGAGUGGAAAUGGCGGCCAAGAGAGAACGCCAAAUGGAAGCUGACAGGGCAAAACAAGAGGCCGAGGAAAAGCGUUAUGCCCAGCAGGACGAGCUCAAGCGUCGCCACGACGCGCAGCUCCAGGCGCAGAGACUCCAGGAGCGGCAGGAGAAACUCCAGAGGGAGAUUGAUGAACACCGGCGACUGAAGGAGCACGAGGAGUGCCUGGAGAUGAUUGUCUCCUGCAGAGCCAAGUUCACAGAGAACUAUAUGGAGAUCGGCCGCCUCGCGACCUUACUCAUCAAGAAUACAAAUCUCAUUGCACAAGUAGUGGGGCCUUUUAUCAACCAGCUGAAGGAGUUGAGUAUCAGGAUUGACGCCAUCAUCGAGGGAGGAAAGUCUGGGAGACUGACGAGAAAUGAAGCGAACGAGGCGGAAAACGCCCUGGCCGAGGCCGAAGAAAUUUUCGCAGCCUGCAGGGCCGAGAUCAAUAGGGUCAACGAAGAGUGCCUCAGGAGGGAGCAGGAGAUGCUUGCACAGAGCACGGAAAUUGGAGCGCAGGGAGUGACUGAGGGGACCAUUGAUACUGUGACUGAUGCGGUGGAUGGGAGAUCAUUGGAGAAGAGUUCGGGGAAUGAACGGGUCGAACCACCACCAGCGCCUCCAGGGAAUUCCAGCGGCUUGGAGGAGGGCAUAGACGUCGAGGGAAUACAGACCUAUCUGAACUCCAAGAACUUCUUGGAGAGGUACAGGGAAACCUUUAGGCAGCUGGAGGACGUCGAUCCCGAUAGGAGGUACAGGAUGGACUGCGAGAAGAAGCUCAACAUUCUUGUCAAGGGUGUGUCCCAUAAUUUCUCUUCUCUGAAGGAGAUUGUCAGGAAGUUUGCGAGGCACUUCGAGGGAAAGGCACCUGUUGAGCUGGCGUUUGCCAAGAAUUGUGUAGCCGAAACAAUUGUCGACGAAGUCAAGGACUUUGCCGAGCUUAAAUUCCGGAGACUCUACGCCCUGGCAGCAGUGGUGGUGGUCCUCUGGUCUCAGUACCCAGACUUUGGGGACCUAGUCCUCUCGAACCUCCACAUCCACUGCCCCUACAUCGUCCCAGUGGUGAUGCCUCGCUUUCAGGGCCAGAGUGACGAGGAUUUCUACGCCAAUCGGGGUUACUCAUACUCUAAUGGGGUCAGAGAGGAUGAGGAAACGUUCCUGAAGAGGAUGAAGAAAUUCAUGAGAUUCUACGCUGCCAUCAUCAUAACGAGACUACCUCAAGGCAGCAUCCCCAAUCAUCCCCACGGUCUGGCCAAUGCCUGGCGAUGGUUGGCCUCUGUUCUGAACAUCCAGCCACGUCAGGACGCCAUUGAAAUCUACCCCAGACUCAUGAAGGUCUUCCUGGAGUCCACUGGAAACGCCAUGCUCCAGUGGUAUCCAACGCAAUUCAGAAAACUCCUCAGGGUCAUCGCUGGAGAUUAUUGUUCGCUGUUGGAACAACGUGCCAAAGAUGCCCAUGCACCUGUUGAUGUUGUGAAGCAGCAACAUGUCGCUAUUUCAUUGUUGAAACUUUUUGCUACUGAUGCUGUUAAUAAAGAUUCGAUACCACCACCUGACGGAGAACUUUUGGGAAACUUUUGGUGAGGGAGAACGGGUCAAGAAAACAAUCCUGAACUUGACCUAAAAAAUAAUGACGAUGUUUUUUUUAACUUCGCCUAAUCAGUGGUGACCUGAAACGAUGAUGUGAAAAUUUAGGUAAUAAAUUAAUUAGGUCAAUCAUUGUAUCUAUUUUCAUCGUUUUUAUUUAUACUAAGAGUGGAAAAUAAAGCAUUAACUGUUAAAAAAACA